GAGACAUUGGAGCAGGGAGUAAACGGCAUUUUAAUUACAGCUGUGAUAAAACAGGCAGACUCGAGGGGGAGGGGAGACUGCUGUUUCUGCUUUGCACUGGAUCCAGUGACUGACUUACAGCUGAGGCUGCAAGGGCAGCUUUGGCUUUUCUCCCACUCUUGUGCCAGAUAGCUGCCUGGCUGCAGCUGUGAAGAGGCUGUAAGAUGGGCCAGGGUUGCAGGUGAUGUGGGCUCGGGAAUGUACUGGAUGAUGGUCUCAAUCCAUCUGAAAGGAGGGACAGCUAGGAAAGCAGGAGCUCAGAUACUCACCUCUCCAGCUAGCCAGUGCCUUGCUGGAGAACGAUUAGACAAGGGCAACGUCUUACCCAGGCUCCAAGAUUGAAAUGUCAGUCAGAAAUCUUUGGCUCUAAAUGGAAAUAAUCCACUUAUUUCUGCAGCCUGACUAACUAUCAAUCUUGGUCUUACAGUCCAGUUCAUGUGGCACUAGACAGGGUGAACCCCGUUCUAACUGUUUUAGCAACACCGAGCCAUUCAGUCCCUAGGCAACGGACAUUGAGGAACCAUGGCAUUGAAAUAGCCAGCAGAGUGCUUCGCAGCUACAGUCAAUGUCUAUGGAAAGAUGGAGCCUUCGGAAAAGGAUCUAGCCCUUCCUUUUGGACUCCAGAUGAGAUGAGACCUCCUGCAUGGCCACUGUCCCUCCACUCUUCUCUGCAGCACCUCCUAACAGAGGAGACUAUUCGCUAAUGGAGUGAGCUCCUCUACGGUCCGUCUUCUGCAGCAUCUACUGCUUAACAGGGCUACUAGCAUUAGCUAUGAUGCACAGUGGUUCCUCUGUAGAGGCCAGAACAAGCAGAUUUGCUACCUAGCUCCCCAUAGCACUUCCUGCUGGAGGAACGGGAAGUGGAGCGGCCAUGAGCUUGCUACUGCCAGCACUCUUGUUCUGUUGUCUGCUGCGCCUCCACCUGGGAAUCUGCCAUAGCCAGUGCAAUGCAUCUGACUGCAAGAGCCUGGGACUGGAGUAGGUGGGCGCUCCCUUGCAACCAGUGCUCCUGCAUCAGUCCCUGUAGCAUCUCCUGAGGUGUGGAGCUGGGAAUGGCAAAGCUGUGAGCUUCCCCAUAGCCUUUCUUUUUCUGCCAUUUCCUACAGUCCUGCCUCCAACCAGGGGCACCCCUGCAGCACCCCUACUAGGAAAGAAGCCGGAGCAGGCAUCCAGUAGCUGCAGCGAGGUGCCUGCUUGAGCUUUGCAAACACAGAGCCUGGGUAACGUGAGCAAGUCACAAUUGUGCUUUUGUCUGGCUUGAGGCAGAGGGGGUCGCUCAGGAAUCAGACUGACCACGGAAGCCGCCAGGAGCUCUGUAUGCCAGAGCUGAGCACCUGCUACGAGAGAGCAAAUAAGCCAAAUCAUGCGGCUGGCAACCAAGCUUUACGUGUUCCUUCCCCGUGACCCACUCGAAGGAGGAAGCUGAAAGCUGCAGCUCAGCUGCUUGCUGUUUCCAUUCCAGCCCAAUGCAGGGGAAUAAAUAGCUUUUUCCCGUGAAGCCGACAGCUUCCUUGCUAGCUCCACGGUCCCUGUGGAACACGGAGACUCGCCGGGGAGCAGCCUAUGCCUGGCUUAAAAACCCAAAGGAUCCCCCAGACAAGUAACUCCAGGUUCCUUCUGCUAUGGAGAGAGAGAUCCCCGUCUUACGAGUUAGGUCCCAAUUAAUGGAUUCUGACAUGGAUUAUGAGAGGCCAAACGUAGAAACUAUCAAGUGCGUCGUGGUUGGGGACAACGCGGUGGGCAAGACCAGGCUCAUUUGUGCCCGUGCCUGCAAUGCCACGCUGACCCAGUACCAGCUUCUCGCCACCCAUGUGCCCACGGUCUGGGCCAUCGACCAGUACCGCGUUUGCCAGGAGGUGCUGGAGCGUUCGCGAGACGUGGUGGAUGAUGUGAGCGUGUCCUUGCGACUUUGGGAUACCUUCGGAGACCAUCACAAAGACAGGCGCUUUGCUUAUGGAAGGUCAGAUGUUGUGGUGCUGUGCUUCUCCAUUGCUAACCCCAACUCCCUACACCACGUGAAGACCAUGUGGUACCCAGAGAUCAAGCACUUCUGUCCCCGAGCACCUGUCAUCCUCGUGGGCUGCCAGCUCGACCUUCGCUAUGCUGACCUAGAGGCAGUCAACCGAGCCCGGAGACCCUUGGCUAGGCCGAUCAAGCCCAAUGAGAUUCUACCCCCAGAGAAGGGGAGGGAAGUGGCCAAGGAGUUGGGCAUCCCCUACUACGAGACCAGCGUGGUGGCUCAAUUCGGUAUCAAGGAUGUCUUUGACAAUGCCAUCCGGGCAGCCCUCAUCUCCCGCCGGCACCUGCAGUUCUGGAAGUCUCACCUCCGUAACGUCCAGAGGCCGCUGCUGCAGGCUCCUUUCCUGCCCCCGAAGCCCCCACCGCCAAUCAUCCUGGUCCCAGACCCUCCUUCCAACAAUGAGGAGCGCCCAGCUCACCUGCUGGAGGACCCACUGUGCGCAGACGUCAUCCUGGUGCUGCAAGAGAGGAUCAAAAUCUACGCACACAAGAUCUACCUCUCCACCUCCUCCUCCAAGUUCUACGACCUGUUCUUGAUGGACCUGAGUGAGGAUGACCAGCAGGGUAUGGCAGGGAGCGGCAUAGGAGCCACCAUCUCUACUGCCGCUGAGCGGAUGCUGCACCAAGAGGAGAGACACCACGGGCGGGACUUCCUCCUGCGAGCCGCCAGUUUUGACAUCUGCGAGAGUGCCGAGGAGGCCAGCUCUGGCCAGCAAAAACCGUGCCUUAGAGCUUCCACCAGCGAUGGGAUCCUAAGGGGCAACAGCUAUGAGAAUGGGGAGCGGGGGCUGCGGCGGGGGAGAGACCUCUCUUCCUGGAGCCGGGCUUUUGUCAGCAUCCAGGAGGAGAUGGCGGACGACCCUCUAACCUACAAGUCCAAACUUAUGGUGGUGGUGAAAAUGGACCCCUCCAUCCAGCCAGGGCCCUUCCGGGCUGUGCUCAAGUACCUGUACACAGGGGAGCUGGACGAGAAGGAGAGGGACCUCAUGCACAUUGCCCACAUAGCGGAGCUGCUGGAAGUCUUCGAUCUCCGGAUGAUGGUGGCCAACAUCCUGAACAACGAGGCGUUCAUGAACCAGGAGAUCACCAAAGCCUUCCAUGUCAGGAGGACCAACCGUGUGAAGGAGUGCCUGGCCAAGGGGACCUUUUCUGAUGUCACCUUUAUCCUGGAUGACGGUGCUAUCAGUGCCCACAAGCCCUUGCUGAUCUCCAGCUGCGAUUGGAUGGCUGCUAUGUUUGGCGGUCCCUUUGUGGAGAGCUCUACCAAGGAGGUGGCACUCCCCUACACCAGCAAGAGCUGCAUGCGGGCAGUGCUCGAGUACCUGUACACCGGCCAGUUCAGCUCCAGCCCGGACCUCGACGACAUGAAGCUCAUCAUCCUGGCUAACCGGCUGUGUCUGCCGCACCUCGUGGCUCUCACAGAACAGUACACGGUGACGAGCCUGAUGGAGGCAUCCCAGAUGAUGGCAGAUAUCGAUGGGGAUGUCCUCGUGUUCCUGGAAUUGGCUCAGUUCCACUGUGCAUACCAGCUUGCAGACUGGUGCCUCCAUCACAUCUGCACCAACUACAACAACGUCUGUCGGAAGUUCCCUCGGGAUAUGAAGGCCAUGUCAGCAGAGAACCAGGAAUACUUUGAAAAGCACCGCUGGCCUCCGGUGUGGUACCUGAAGGAAGAGGAUCACUACCAGCGGGCCAAGAAGGAGCGUGAGAAAGAAGACUACCUCCACCAGAAACGGCAGCCCAAGAGGAGAUGGCUCUUCUGGAAUGCCUCCUCUUCCCCUUCGGCCUCCCCUUCCUCAUCCGCAGCCACAGCCUCCUCCUCGUCCUCCUCCUCGUCCUCCUCAGCUGUGGUUUGA